CAAUGAAGUAUGUCAAUCAAAAUUCGCACAUCACAGCCAGCCGCUGCUUCCUCGAGGUGCCAAAGUAAAGCGAAAAAAGAUGCCCAAAGCAGAGGCUCCUGCCUGCUCUGUGCCUCUGUCCCUUGCCAAUGCAUCUUUCGCUUUAAAUCUUCCUUUUUCUUUUUUUUCCUUCCUUUCGUCUUCUGUUUUUUUCCCAGUGACUAUACAUCAACGUUUCCUUCCUUUUCUAGUUUAUAUAAGUCAUACGCUUUAUGACUUAUUGUGCUCGUGUAAUAUCCCACUGCUCUCGGUGUGCUCUGCUCUUGUUCUUGAGCUGCAGCUGGAAGAAGCAGAGCGGUAGAAACAGUGGCAGGUAGUGGAAGAUCAUGGAGCUUCUGUCGCAGAUGUGGUCGCUCUUAGGGCUGCUCACCAUCCUCCAAAACAUCCUUCCUUCUCAGCUUCUGGCCCUUCUCCACUCGACGUGGCAGUCACUUCAAGACUCCCUCACCCCUUACUCCUACAUCGACGUGCCUGAGUUCCUAGGCUCCUCCGCCGUCGAGCCCAACGACCUCUACCGCCACGUCUACCUCUACCUCCAUCAGUCGCUUCUUAGCUCCGCCGCCGCCUCCUCUUCCCCGCCCCGCCUCACCCUCUCCCUCCCCCGCGGCUCCCUGGCCGCCCCUUCGCUGUCGCUGUCCCCUAACCAUUCCCUCGAAGAUUGCUUCGCCGGCCAGCGCCUCCUCUGGACCCACCACGCCGACACGCUCCAGGACUCGCUUGAGGAGCGCCGGUCCUUCUCCUUGCGCCUCCCCAAGCGCGCUUCGGCCUCCCUCCUCAGUCCUUACUUCGCCCACCUCGCGGAGGCGGCCGACCACCUCGAGCGCUCCUCACGCCCCCGCCGCCUCUUUACCAAUUCCCGCGGCGGGGCUCCCUCCUGGUCGUCCGUGCCCUUCCGCCACCCGGCCACGUUCGCCACGCUGGCGCUCGAGCCCGCGCAGAAGGAAAGCCUGCUCGCGGACCUGGAUGCCUUCGCGGCCGGCCGCGAGUUCUACUUCCGCACCGGGCGCGCGUGGAAACGAGGGUACUUGCUCCACGGUCCGCCGGGAUCCGGGAAGUCCUCGCUCAUCGCCGCGAUGGCCAACCACCUGCGCUACGACGUCUACGACCUGGAGUUGACCCGAGUCGCCAACAACUCGGACCUACGUUCGUUGCUCAUCCAGACGAACAACCGCUCCGUAAUCGUUAUCGAGGACAUCGACUGCUCUCUCGAUCUCACCGGCGACCGACGUAUUACAGCUAUGUCAGCGGCAGCAAGGACGAGAACGGUGAGGCGUCGACGGCAGCCUCCGCUCAGCAACGAGGGAACUGAGUCCGAUGACAAUGACGUCGUCGGCAGUAGCAGGCGCAACGACGCACGUGUGACUCUGUCAGGACUGCUGAACUUUAUCGACGGGCUAUGGUCGUGCUGCGGCGAGGAGAGGGUGAUAGUGUUCACGACCAACUACGUGGAGGCGUUCGACCCGGCGCUUCUGCGGCCGGGGCGGAUGGACGUGCACGUGAAUCUAGGGGCCUGCGGGGUGCACGCGAUGAGGGAGCUGGUGGAGCGAUACGUCGGGGUGAGGGACCACGAGAUGCUAGGCGUGGCGGAGAGUUGCAUUCGGGUGGGGGCGGACAUGACGCCGGCGGAGGUGACGGAGGUGCUGCUGAGGCACAGGGAAGAGCCGGAGGAGGCGGUGAGGAGUUUGGUAGCGGAGCUGAGUGCGCGAGUAGCGGGUGGAGAAGGUAGCGGAGGGGAAGAGGAGUCGGGGGCGUGGAGUUGGGAGGAGUCACCGGAGAAGGCGGGCGGAAAGAGGAGGAGGGCCGGCUGGGAGAAAAAGGUGAGGUUUCUGAGGCGGCUUAGGAGCUUGACCAAGCUCGAUUCAGAGAGUAGGGGUGUUUAGUACGGAAGGCUGCAAUUUUCUUUUCAUUUUCCCCCUUUUAUUUUCUUCGUAUCUACGAUUUAGAACGUAGAAGGUGUUUUUUGGAACACCAGUGAACUGCGUGGUGUAUUCUAAGAUUGUUAUCUUCAGUUUGCGUAUCGUGCAAGUAUAAUCCUUGGCCCGGGUUUGGUGCGGUCAUAA